GCACUGAUGGGUGGCACUGGUGGGCACAGGUGGGCGGCACAGGUGGGCACUGGUGGGUGCAUUGCUGGGCACAGGUGGGCGCACUGCUGGGCACACGUGGGUGCAUUGCUGGGCACAGGUGGGCGCACUGCUGGGCAUAGGUGGGCGCAUUGCUGGGCACAAGUGGGCGGAACUUGUGUGUGGCACAGGUGGGCACCGAUCAUCAGGGCACUGAUGAUCAGUGACCCUGAUGAUCGGUGCCGAUCCCUGUUCUGACAACUGCCGGUUUUCAACAGUACUUUCCUCACGUUCUGACAGCGUGAGGAAAGUGCAGCCGAGAUCCGGCAUUUGCAU